CAAAGCCUCUUUCUCCUUCUGCAAAGACGCCUCUCUCUCUGACUUUUUCCCUUCUCUGUCCGAGAAGAUAAUUGUAUUCCGAAAUGACCAUUCCCUCCUCAUUAACCCAUCUUCUUCUUCCCCUCUUCCUCCUGCUCCGUCUGCUCCUGCUUUCGCUCCAAUGGCGAACCUCCUCUUCGGCCAUCAUCAUGAGCUUGAAGAACCACCGCACCGCCCACCCCAGCCGGACCCCGACCCUCCGAGCCAACCAAACCACGUGCCCGAUCUUCUCGGGCACGUGGGUCCGCGACGACUCGCUCCCUCUCUACCAAUACACUUGCCCCUUCAUCGACCCGGAGUACAACUGCCAGAUGUACGGCCGCCCCGACUCGGGCUACCUCAAGUACCGGUGGAAGCCUCUCAACUGCGAGCUCCCCAGGUUCAACGGGGUCGAGUUCUUGGAGAGAAUGAAGGGGAAGAACGUGAUGUUCGUGGGCGACUCGCUGGGCAAGAAUCAAUGGGAGUCGCUGGCGUGUCUGAUCUCUGCCGACGCUCCUCAGACGCAAACUCAGAUGGCCAGAGGUGAUCCUCUCUCUACUCUCAAGUUCUUGGACUAUGGCGUGACCAUAUCGUUCUAUAAGGCCCGGUACUUGGUGGACAUAGACGUGGUGCAAGGGCGGAGGGUUCUCCAGCUCGAUGACAUCUCCGGCAACGGCAACGCAUGGCGGGAGGCGGAUGUGUUGUCGUUCAACACGGGUCACUGGUGGAGCCACACGGGAUCUCUCCAAGAGUGGGAUGUCAUGGAAUCAGGAGGGUCGUACUACCAAGACAUGGAUCGUGGGGUGGCCAUGGAGAGAGCGCUUCGAACGUGGGUCAAGUGGGUCGAUGCUAACAUUGACCGCACUCGCACCGGCGUCUACUUUCUCGCCAUCUCCCCCACUCACUACAACCCGGCUGAAUGGAGCGCUGGAGCAACAGCCAUCGCCACUGCCAAAAACUGUUAUGGAGAGACGGUGCCUAUGAGUGGAACUGCAUAUCCAGGUGAAUACCUGGAGCAGAUGAGAGUCGUAGAUGAAGUACUUAAGGACAUGCAUAACCCUGCAUAUCUUCUCGACAUAACAAUGCUCUCGGCUUUGCGAAAAGACGGACACCCCUCUAUCUACAGCGGUGAACUGAACCAACAACAAAGGGCUCACCCGGAUCGUUAUGCCGACUGCAGCCAUUGGUGCCUUCCUGGCUUGCCUGAUACUUGGAACCAGCUUUUUUAUACGGCUUUGUUUUACUAAUUUUUCUCUUGUUCUGAUGUACACUAAUUGGCAAUUGUAACAAUUGACUUCUCUGCCUUUUUCUACAAUUCAAAGGAGGGGCGUGAAGAUGCAAAUGCCUUCUUUGUCAUGUAAAGAAGACUAAGAGAUUGUUUUUGCCGAGAAGUGCGGUGACUCUGUUUUUGCCGAGAAGUGCGGUGACUCAUUUCUAAUCA